CGGUGUGUUUUUUUUUUCCUUUGAAUUUUCCAAACAACUGGACAAAUCCCCCAACCCUUGUUCCCCACUUACACACACAUUUGCUGCUUUACUUCUGUUCAUGCUUCGUUCAUCCCUGGACUUUUACAGCGUCAAUUACAGAAAAUAUAUAUUAGAGCAGCAUCCGUCGCAACUUGUCAAGUUCAAGAGAAAGAAAUCUACGCAAACGUUUUCGUAAAUUAUCCUUUUCGAAACCCACCAUCCAACCUACCCUUUCGACUUUCAUAGGAAGCAAACCCUUUACCGUUUCCAAACUUUACUUGUGAACAUCUUUCCAAGAUUACAAAUUUCAAAGAAAUCCCUUUUGCUUCAAGAAAACGUUUCUUGAGCCCCAACAUAUAUCUACAAGACUCAAUCAGCAGAAGAUAACUUUUAACGAACAUCAUCCAUCAUGGCUACUGUUAACAUUAGAAGAGAUGUCAAGGAUUCUUUCUACCGCUACAAGAUGCCCAAACUCAUUUCAAAGGUUGAAGGCAAAGGUAAUGGUAUCAAGACUGUCGUCCCUAAUAUGACCGAUAUUGCAAGAUCGCUCUCUCGCCCUGCCACCUAUCCUACCAAAUUCUUUGGUUGUGAACUCGGAGCUCAAGUCAAGUGCGACGAAAAGAACGACCGAUACAUUGUCAAUGGAGCUCACGAUGCCGAAAAACUCCAAACUCUUUUGGACGGCUUCAUCCAAAAGUUUGUUCUUUGCCCAUCUUGCCAGAAUCCUGAAACUGACUUGAUCAUUACAAAGAAUGACGAUAUCGAAAUGGAUUGCAAGGCUUGCGGCGCUCGUAACCCCGGUGACAUGCGUCACAAGCUUGCCUCGUACAUCAUCAAGAAUCCUCCUGAAUCCGCUUCCAAGAAGGGCGGCAAGAAGCAACGUAAAGCUGCUACUGCUCAAACCAACGGAACGGACGAAAAUGGUAUUCCUGAAACCAACAUGGAAGAAAUGGACGACGCUGCAGGCUCUGAUGACGAUAUGAUCACUCAAAAGAUCAACAAGGAAGCUGCCGGACUCAAACUUGAGAGUACUAUGGAUGACGAUUGGAGCGUAGACACCAGCGAAGAGGCUGUUGCUGCACGCAUGAAGGAACUUAGCGUCAAGGCUUCUCUCCUAGGAAAUGGUGACGAUGACGAUGAUGAAGAUGGCGACAACAAGUAUGAGCAGUUUGGUCAAUGGCUCGAGGAAAACAAGGAGAGCGGCGACGCUGAGAUCAUUGCCAAGGCUGAAGAGCUCGGUGUGUUGGGCAAAUACAAAGUUUGUCAAGUCCUGGUUCAAUGUAUCUUCAAUGAGAAUGUCAGCAAUCAAAUACCCAAGAGAGUCAAGCUACUUCGCAAAUUUGUUAAAGGCGAAAAGCACCAAAGGGCCGUCCUUGGUGGUAUUGAAAGACUUGUUGGCUUGGAUUACAAGGACAAGUUGCUCAGUAAGGUUCCCAUCAUUUUGAAGAAACUCUACGAUUCUGAUAUCGUUGAGGAAGAAGCCAUCUUGAAGUGGGGCGAGAAGCCUUCCAAGCGUUAUGUCGACAGAGAUACCUCCAAGGCUGUCAAGAAGGCCGCUACUCCUUUUCUUGAAUGGCUUGCCAAUGCAUCUGAAGAGGAGGAGAGCGAUUAAAUCGCCUUUAUGACACCGUUCCACUGUAUCCCUUUUCCGUAUCUUUCUAAAUGCCUAGGUAGUCUGUAGUUUCUAUUGUCGCUAUGUAGCCAAUGUGUGGUGAUACACAAAGGUAUCAAUAAAAUGAAUGAAAGCAAUUGGUAUGUUUUUAGUUCGGUAGACACACUUGUCAUCGCUGCUGUCUCUUACAAGGCAACAAUGAAUAUUGAGGGCCAGUCACUGGAAAGCCUUAUUUAACAACAGAGGAUGUCGUAAGGAUAUGUUGUCCCAAUAUUCUGCAGC